UUUUCUUUUUUUUUUUGCUUGGCCAUAAACAAAAAUGUUAUCGCAUACUCAACAACAAAUGUACGAUAAUCCAUUUGCGCGUGAAGAAGAUAACUUUGACUUUUAUCAACAAGACAGAAGUAUUGAGCCCGACGUAGACUUGACGGGACAAUCUUCUACAAAACAACAACAGCAACAGCAACAGCAACCUUUUGCAAAUCCUUUUGCCAAUCUUAGUGGAUCAAUUGGGUCCGCUGCUCCUUCCUCAUCUAAUGUUGCUGCUGAAACAGAAAGCACAAAUUACAACCCUGUCUAUACUGGUGAAGAUACUUUAGACGAACCUGUAUCUGCUACUAUUCUUCGUGAUGUAAAGCAAGUCGGAAAAAAGUUACAACAGGUGUUACAUCCUAAUGGUGAUCGAAGUGUGUUAAAAGAUUGGGAUUUAUGGGGUCCUCUUAUUUUAUGCUUGGCGUUAGCAAUUACACUCAGUACAAGCGUACCUUCCGACCAGUCUGUGCCUAUCUUUACUGGCGUAUUUGUCAUUGUAUGGUUGGGUGCGGCUGUAGUUACACUGAAUGCAAAGUUACUUGGUGGAUCUGUCUCGUUUUUUCAAUCUGUUUGCGUUAUUGGAUACUGUCUUUUCCCUUUGGUUGUAGUAGCAAUGAUUGCUAUCUUUGUAGAAACUGUCUGGUUUAGAGUUCCAGGCUCUUUAAUUGCGUUUGGUUGGUCAACUUAUGCAUCUGUUGGGUUUUUAUCAGAGUCAAAAGCGCAUUUGAGUAAUAGAAGAGCCUUAGCUGUGUACCCCCUCUUUCUCUUUUACCUCAUUAUUGCUUGGUUGGUUGCCGUGUCAUAAAGAUAUCAUUAUCAUUAAAUAUUUAUAUUAUGUUAUUAUUAAAUUGUAUCAAAAAUUGUUAUAUCUCGCCAAAAAG